UUACCUAAACGUAGCAACCGGGGAAUUGAUGCGUUGAGUAUCAAUAUGGACUAAUUUAUGAAUAUAUAUUUAUACGUAAAUGUAAAAAUGACUGAAAAAGUUCUGCCUAUUGUCUUUAUAAACCUCAGUGGUGAAAUGAUUUAUGUAAUUCAGCAGCGGCUAGAAGCUCAAAACAUAUCUUCUGACAAAUCUGUGAAAGUUAUUCAAGACAUAAUAGGUACUAUGCUCAAUGAUCAGUUCAUAGAAGAACUGUUUAAACCUCAAAAAAUGUACUCCAGAUCUGCAAUGCAGUGUGUGUUUGAGAAACUGGUGCAUUCCUCCAUUAUGAGACUAAAUAGCAAUAGCAUGAGCAAGCUAUAUGACUUAAUGCUAAUGGUCUUCAAAUACCAAGUUGCUAACUGCCUAUGCCCGGAAGAUAUCCUGCUUGUUACUUUGAAUCAUUUAGAUGCAAUUAAAAAUUGUGCUAAACCAUAUCCUGACUUAAUGAAAAAAGUUGAACUCCUGCAUUCCUUAGUAUACUCGACGUAUUGCGGCAUGACUUCUGAAAAUUAUGCUGAUUUGUAUAACUGCAUUGUUGCGUUUCUGGGAGAUCUUAACAUAAGAGUUUCAGUUUUGAUGAAGUUAGGAUUGCAAAAAAUGAAUGGUGAAAUUGUAAAAAAAGCUGCUGAAUGUAUUGAAAAACUUGAUGCAUUUAGGAAAUGUCUGAAAGCUUUGUCAUCUCAUGAAAAUGAUGCAAAAAAUAAUGCUUUUGUGAACUGUUUGAUGUUUGAUGGUGACCGAAUUAUUGAUCUUGGAUCAAAUAUUUAUAUGAAAUCUGCAUUAUUGGAUGCAUCUGAAAAUAAGAGCCCUGUUGACUACUCUUUGCCUCUUUCAAAAGAAGAUGAAAACACUGAAAAGACAAAUGUUGAAGCGUUGGAAGAACUCAGUUUGCUUGGUCGCCUCAUAGGAAAAUACAGUCAGUCUUUGAAUGCGCCAGAAAUAAUUCUGGCUACAACAGAUGAGGAAAAUGUGAAUGAUGUCCAUGACACUUCUGUGACUGACAACUGCUCAUAUGUCAACAUCAAUGCACCUCGUGUAUGCCAGGCAGAGCUUGGAAAAAUUUCGAACGACUUGCUGGUGAAAGAAGAUACAAAAGCAACUACAGAUAUUUUGGAAUUUCUGGACAUUGCAGAAAAUUCUGGUUCAUAGAUAUUCUACAGAAAAUGGAUGUGUGCAUCAUUUUGCAGAGUUAAAAAUGAUUUAUUUACAAAGUGCAAGAAAAACACAAAAAUGCCUUGUGAUAGCUGUAUUUUACUAUUUUGAUCAUUAUGUAUAUUUAAUUUUUUAAAGAUUAUU